AUGUCUUCAAUCACUGAAAAAAUGUACGAUUGUUUAAUGAUGAAGAAACGCCAAAAAUUGAACCAGUUAAUCAAAAAUUCAAUUACACAUAAAAAACCAAAAAGUAAAUUUAUACAGGAUUUUCUGGUUAAUAAGUCUGAUGUCCCAUUGAAUCAGAAUGAAAUAAACCUUCUUAACAACGGGCUAAAUUUUGCUUUGCCGCACAAAUCAUUGCCACUCAAAGAUCUUAUUGUUGAUGCUGAAAUUGCUAUUAAUAAAAUCGAAGCAGAUAAAUCAGAUGGUAUUCGGAAUGAUGUUCAACAAAUUCUAUCAAAUGUUAAACUUGAUACAAGCGUCAGCACCAAUAAAAUGUAUGAUGCGGUUCGUUCGUUAAACAGUAAAGAUAUUUUCAUUACUAAGGCGGACAAGGGCAAUUGCGUUGUGGUGUUAAAUAAAUGUGACUAUGAUUCCGGCAUGAAAAAGUUGAUAGAUGAAGGAAACUACCAACGUGUGAGAAACCCGUUAAAUAAGAUGAACAACGAGGUAAAGGCAGCAGUAGCAAAGCAUAGUGAAUUAUUUGGUCAUUAUUGGGCAAAACGCAUGCGAAAAUCAAACGUACGCGUUCCGUGCAUUUAUGGGUUGCCGAAAUUACACAAACCAGGAAAUCAAUAUCGCCCUAUAGUAGCAAAUUACGAUUCUCCGUGUGCAAACAUUGCUGCUUGGCUAUGCCAACGUUUUAAACAAAUGAGAAGCCAUGACAAUUUUUCGGUUAAAAAUUCUUUUGAAUUAAUUGAAAAAAUCAAACACAUAGAGUUGACUGAAAACGAACGCAUCGUAUCAUUCGACAUCAAAUCUUAUUUUUCGAACGUACCGAAGGCUGGAGCUCUUGCUGCGCUACGUGAGUGGUUAGAUAAACAACAAUUGAAUCAUAUGGAACGCAAUGCAUUAUACGAAUUAACUGAAGUAUGCAUAAAUCAAUCAUAUUUCCAGUUCAGAGAGGUUUAUUAUAAACAAAAAGACGGUUUAGCAAUGGGCCUAAGUUUAAGUCCAUUCCUUUGUAACUUAUUCAUGGUUCAGGUCGAAGAGCGUUUAAAAAAUCAUUCACUCUUCCCGAGGUUUUAUCACCGAUAUGUCGAUGAUUGCAUUGCAAUUGUAGCCGUGAAUAAUAUCAAUGACUCUCUUGAACUUUUCAAUUCGAUUUGCCCAGAAAUUCAGUUUACGUGUGAAGUCGAACAGAAUAAUCAAUUGCCGUUUUUAGACUUAUUAAUCCAACGAAAUAAGGAUGGUCAUAUUGAAUUUGAUAUUUAUCGGAAAAAAACAUCUACUGAUCGGUACAUUCCCAUCGAAUCAAACCAACAUCAAUCGCAUAAAUUAGCUGCAUUCAACUCUAUGAUCCAUCGUUUGAUAAAUGUACCACUUUCAUCAAAAAAAUUCAAUAUUGAGAAGCAAAAAAUCAUCCAAAUUGCUGAUAUCAACGGUGUUGCUAUUGAAACAAUAAAUAGUCUCAUCAAAAAAACAUUCUUGGAAAAAGACACGAAGAGAGUGCUCGGUGUUGAGUGA